UGGGUUCGAUUGCUAAGACCUCAAGGCAUAACUAUGCAAAUAGCAGGACAAGCCAAGGAAGCAUUUUGUGCACUGCGUUUGAUGUCUAAGGGAAAGGGUCCACCCGCCAAAAAUCCGCACACGAAAUGCACAAAAAAACCUACCAAAAAGAGUCCUCCCCAGGCAAAAAGCGCUCCCUCGAAAAGUCCCCCCGCAAAAAGUCCCACGAAAGGUCCUCCUGCAAAAAGUUCUCCUACAAAAAGUCCCCCCAUGGCCAAGCAGAAAGACGAAACGGCCAUUAGAGGCGGCAGUAAAUGCAAACCCAAAAAUGAAUGUAAAAGCCCAACAAAUGAUAAGCCUGAACCUGGAGCCGUGAAGAAAAGCUGCGAUGAUUUGCUUAACAAAAAGAGUGGCAAGAAAAUACAGAGUCUAACGGAAAUCCAAGGCGGUGGAUUCUGCGCUCCGAAACGCACCCAAGACCCACCCCACAGUGCUGGCAUGGAGCGUUGGCGCAGCAUAUCCCUUUACGCCAUACUGCCAAUGGUGGCCAUACUCACACUCCUGGUAUUCAGCUCACACAAGGAGCACGAGCAUCCAGAGUUCAAGUAUUUUCCACACAUGUACAAGCGAACGAAGCCUUAUUGGUUCAAGGAUGGAAAUCGAACUGCAUUUCAUAAUAGCCAUCAGAAUGCCCUGCCUCCCGCUGGCUAUGAGGAUGAAAUAGAUGAGUUGGGAGUGGGACAGGAAUCAGAGACGGAAAAGGACAAGAAGCAACGUCUGAGCGAUUUUGAAAAAUUACUGAAAGACUGGAAAAAGCAUGUCGCAGCGCAGUAGCAGAAGAAG